AUGUCCGAUAAUAUUGUUGUGUCUUCACUUAAUAUGGAACUUAUGGAUUGCCCAAUAUGCUGUGAACCCUUUACAACUCUAAUUAAUCAGUGUGAAAAUGGGCAUGCAACAUGCAACGCAUGCUCGGAGAAGACUCAAAAGUGCCAUUCUUGCACCCUGCCUAUCAGGAGAAUGAGGAACCGAAUUCUGGAAGAUGUUGCUGAGUCUUUGAGAAAUUAUGGAUGCCCAGAAACUGUUAGGUACCCCGACAAGAUCAACCACGAAAAGUUAUGUUCUUUUAUAGAGUGCUCAUGCCCCAUUGAAGUUUGCAAUGUCAAGGGAACCUCUGAAAUGAUUUAUGCUCACUGUAAAGUGAUGCAUAAAGAUUUUGUGAAGCCGUUUGAAAACAUAGACAUUGUGUUUGUUCUAAACAACACAACGUGUUUUUAUGGGAAUAUUCUUACAAUGUGUUGUCUUGGACCGUUAGCAGCUGGAUGCUGCCCCUAUGAAAUUGAAGUGAAUGCCAACUCAAGUCACAAGUUUCACAGUGCUACCCAGAACAUUCAAGGCACCAGCAAUUACUAUCGUUCUUUUUCAGGGUUCCUUCUUGAUAGUGACCACGAAUUUUUCGCUGACGGUAUGAUCAAGAUGGAGUUUUGUGUUUAUCGCGCACCGGAGCUUGCUUAA